AUGAUGAAGGUGAUUUCUUUAGUUAUGAGAACUGCUCUCUGGUAUUUUUUCGAGUCUGUGCUAUAUACUGAGUGCAUUGCCGGGAUCAUAAUUAAUCUCCUCAUUGUGGCUGCCAUUUUCUUAAAAUGGAAAGCAGCAAAAUCUCUUUCUAUUGGUGAUAAAAUCCUGAGCUCUUUGGCGACUUCCAGAAGUGUGUUCCUCGUCCAUGUUUUCAUAACUUACCUUUCUCCUCUACUUGAUCUAUGGAAUUACACAAACAUUCAGGUUUUGGCAACACUAUUGGUAGUCAUGAUGUUUCUGCAUUCUACCAAUCUCUGGUUUGCCACCAUCCUCUGUGUCUUUUACUGUGUGAAGGUAACAAACUACAGCUGGAAGUUCUUAAUCUUCCUGAAAACCAAGAUUUCCACUCUGGUCUCAGGGUUCCUUCUGGCUUCUCUGCUGAUUUCUGUAUCUUUUAGUCUUCAGUUUGGUUGGGGCGUUUAUAAAAUCGAGAUGGAGAACCUAACAAAUGUUUCAAAGGAAAACACAAGUCAUCUCAGUGCUGUUGUGUAUGAAAAUUCUCCUAAGCUGUUCCAGAUGUUCUUCAUCUGCUCCUGUCCACCAUUCUUAAUAUUUUUGGUCGCAGACUGCUUGUUACUUCAUUCUCUUUGGAUGCACAUCAGACGGAUGAGAAGCUCUGGAUCAGGGUUUCGAAGCCCAAACUUAGAGUCUCACUUCAGUGUUAUAAAGAGUAUGAUGGUCUUCUUGGUGUUACAAGUAAUAUACUUUAUUUGUAUAGGUCUGUCUAUGUCGGAUUUUGUGUACACAAGCUUAAAUGCAUUUUGGAUUUCUAUGAUUACAACAUGCAGCAACCCCUCUCUCCACUCACUGUACAUCAUCUCUUCUAGUCAUGGACUAAGGAAGACUUUUCUCUCAAUGUUCUUGCAUGUGUGGUUUAAGGUUAUCGGCUGUAGAGAUGCCCGUACAUGA